GUGUGCUCAGGAGCUGAUCAGGAUCUCUCAGGCUCCCUGUGUCCUGUACUGAAGAGUUUUGGGAAGACUCUGACUCACUGAGUUACAGUUGGACCUACAAUUCUACACACAUUUCAAUUUUCUACUAGUGGGAAAAAACAAAAGACAGACGAGCGUCCAGAGGAGACCAGCGAGGUCCAAAUCGUCAUCUUCAUCAUCCCCUACCCUCGCCGUUGGCAUGGCAACCAGCAGCUCAUCAUCACCGCUAAUGAAAACCAAACCUCAGCAGCAGAGAUUGGUCAGCAAGGAUGGGCGGAGUCUUAUGCGCAGCCCUGCCUCCGGUGUACGGGAAACAUGGAUCGGGGCAUUUAAGGACAUGUGGGGAGCAUGGCUUUCCCUUCGUUGGCGUUGGGUGGUGCUGGCAUUCUGUGGUUCCUUCCUUCUCCACUGGCUUCUUUUUGCUGUACUGUGGUAUGUCUUGGCACGUGCCAAUGGUGAUUUGGGCGUUGACCAUGACAACCCACCACCUGGGCAUACCCUGUGCGUCAAAUAUGUCACGGGAUUCACUGCCGCCUUCUCGUUUGCCCUGGAGACCCAGCUGACCAUCGGAUAUGGGACCAUGUACCCCAAUGCUGAUUGCCCCACCGCCAUCGCCCUUCUCGCCCUGCAAAUGCUCCUGGGGCUCAUGCUUGAGGCCUUCAUCACUGGUGCAUUUGUGGCUAAAUUCUCUCGUCCUCAGAAGCGCUGCAGUGGAAUCUUGUUCAGCCCUAAAGCCGUGGUGUGUGAGGUUGAAGGUCAACGUUGCCUCAUGUUCCGUGUGUGUAACCUGCUCUCGAGGCCGCUGGUUGAUGUGUGUGUGAGUGCUGUGCUCUAUGAGGAACAGGAUGAUCACACAAUCCAUCAAACUGCCCUGGAUUUCCUGUUGGAUGGCUUGGGCUCGCGACCUUGCCCCCUCUUCCUGUCACCUUUGACCUUUCUCCACCCUUUGACCCCAGACAGCCCACUGAAUCGUGCCAUGUUCCCAUCAGGUCAGUCGCAGUUUGAGCUGGUUGUAUUUCUUUCUGCAUCCCAGGAGGGCACUGGAUCCGCCUACCACAAGAGGACGUCCUACUUGGCUGACGAGAUCCAAUAUGGCCGCCGCUUCACCAAGGCGGUCCUGCACGGAGAACGGCGGAACAGCACUCAGGCCAUGCGCUAUUUUGACACACACAUUUGCCCACUUAUGGGACCCAACACAUACAACAACUCUCGGGACAAGGAGUGUGUGGUACAGGUCAACGGCGAUGGUAACGAUGCAAUGGAAUAACUAUACAUACGUGUGUAUGUCCUUCAUUUUUCCUCAUCCAUUCUGCACAUGAAAGGACAGUUCACUUGAGAACAACAUUCACAUAACUCUUACAUUCCAUUAAUGCUAAUCACUACCUAGAACUUGGUCAGAUGCUAAUCACUAGCUAGUACCUGUCUUUUUGCUAAUCUCUAGCUAGAAUCUGACUGGAUCCUAAUCAAAUUUCAAAACAUCAAUUUAAAAAAAAAUACUCCUAUUUCACUCAAUGGAGAAAUUAUAUACUAAUUGACAGACACUAAAUUGCUAAGAGGACCCAACUGGAUGCUAAUCAAGAACAUGGAAGCAACUGGGCACUAAAUACAAGCUAAAUCCUACCUACCUACAGCUUUUCAUUAUUGUCUUCCAAAAUAAUGGUGAUGACAUUCUCUGAGGUUUUUUUUUUAACACAUCAUACAGACGCACAGCAAAACCACUAGCAUUUUAUUCAAUGCCACAGUCUGAUUCCUCAGAUCUACCCCCUGCAUCAGUCAGAAAUUAUACUCUUUUGCAUUUUCCCUUCUUCGAAAUGCCCAGGUCAACUUUGAAAAUAAGCUCCUUCAUGGAAUUGAGAUUCAGAAUGGAGAGAAAACUGUUUUUCACAUCCGAGGACUGGAUUUGAGUAACACUGUUGAAAACAAAGGAGUAGCACGAAACGGGAUGAACAUUUACUGAAAUAUGUGAAGUUUUCAGAAUUAACCGUUAUACAUAAGUGAUGAUUAUAGUGUUUACUGCUGAUAGCUAAAUAAUACUACUGCUUACAGGCUAUAAAUUACUGUAGCAUCAAGGUGCCAGGUGAUUGUGGUACCAAUUAGCAAAAUAGCAUUAAAAUAUUAAAGCUUGGAAACAUGCAGAAUUACAUUAUCUAGCCACUUGAGAGAAUGGGAUGACAGGGUUUGUGGGGAUUUUUUGUUGUUGGUCUAAGAUUCAAAAUAACCUAAGCAACAUUAGUUGUUGCUUAAAAACUGUUAGUUUUUAGCAAUUAGUUCAAUUCUUUUUAAAAGUAAAUAAUUAUACACAACACUAAGUGCUAAUAUACAGUACUAUUAUUAGCAUCUCAUCUCAUCUCAUUAUCUCUAGCCACUUUAUCCUGUUCUACAGGGUCGCAGGCAAGCUGGAGCCUAUCCCAGCUGACUACGGGCAAAAGGGUACACCCUGGACAAGUCGCCAGGUCAUCACAGGGCUGACACAUAGACACAGACAACCAUUCACACUCACAUUCACACCUAUGGUCAAUUUAGAGUCACCAGUUAACCUAACCUGCAUGUCUUUGGACUGUGGGGGAAACCGGAGCACCUGGAGGAAACCCACGUGGACACGGGGAGAACAUGCAAACUCCGCACAGAAAGGCCCUCGUCGGCCAUGGGGCUCAAACCCGGACCUUCUUACUGUGAGGUGACAUCGCUAACCACUACACCACCGUGCUGCCCCUAAGCUAAUAAUAUUGUAAUUAAAUUUACUUUUCCUCCGUUUACUCAAGUGGAAAAACCUGGAAAGUUUGCUUUGGUUUGAAGUCAAAGUCACACAAUACAUUUUUCCCCACAUGAAGGACAAGUAAUUAAUGGAAUCUGCACAUACUGUAGAUCUGCACGAUUAUACUGAUAGUCACACACUGUAUAGUAUUUUUUUUUUAUUUUCCUAUUAAAACCUAGA